AUGGCUGAUAGUAGUGGUUUGGGCAAGAAAUGCACAGAAUGCCCCAAAUGUUCAUCUGAUACUGAGAAAGAUACAGUUUGUGUAUGUUCCUGUAAAAUAAGAGCUUCUCCAACUUCAUGGGCACAAGUGUCACCAACGGCAAGCAUCGGAAGUUCAGAACUAACUUCAUCAGAAAGAAAAAAAGAAAAAGUUACCAGCAGAGAUGUUGCCUCUGGGAAGGAUUUGUUCUCAAGAUCUAUCAAUGUGGAGAGAAAAACAUCUCAACAACAAUGGGGUCGGGGUAACUUAACAGAAGGAAAAGUUCCUCACAUCAGGAUGGAUGAUGGAGCUGCUAUUCAGGAAUUCUAUACCUUUGGAAGAAUAUUGGGACAAGGGAGCUUUGGAAUGGUCAUUGAAGCUAUAGACAAGGAAACAGAAACUAAAUGGGCAAUUAAAAAAGUAAAUAAAGACAAGGCUGGAAGCUCUGCUGUGAAGUUACUUGAACGGGAGGUGAACAUCCUAAAAAGUGUGAAACAUGAGCACAUCAUACAUCUUGAACAAGUGUUUGAGACGCCUAAGCGAAUGUACCUUGUGAUGGAGCUUUGUGAGGAUGGAGAACUCAAAGAAAUUCUGGAUAGGAAAGGGCAUUUCUCUGAGAAUGAGACAAGGUGGAUCAUUCAAAGCCUUGCAUCAGCUAUAGCAUAUCUUCACAGUAAGGAUAUAGUACAUAGAGAUCUAAAACUGGAAAACGUAAUGGUUAAAAGCAGCUUUAUUGAUGCUAACAAUGAGAUGAACUUAAACAUAAAGGUGACUGAUUUUGGCUUAGCAGUGAAGAAGCAUUGUAGGAGUGAAGCUAUGCUGCAGACCACAUGUGGGACUCCUAUCUAUAUGGCCCCUGAAGUUAUCAAUGCCCAUGACUAUAGCCAGCAGUGUGACAUUUGGAGCAUAGGUGUCAUAAUGUAUAUAUUAUUAUGUGGAGAACCACCCUUUUUGGCAAACUCAGAAGAUAAACUUUUUGAAUUAAUAAGAAAGGGAGAACUACAUUUUGAAGAUCCAGUCUGGGAUUCUGUAAGUGACUGUGCUAAAAGUGCUUUGAAACAACUUAUGAAAGUUGACCCUGCUCACAGAAUCACAGCUAAGGAACUGCUAGAUACCCCAUGGAUAACAGGCAAUACACUUUCUUCGGCAAGACCAAUCAAUGUGUUAGAAAUGAUGAAGGAAUGGAAGAAUAACCCAGGAAGUGAUGAGGAAAGCUCAGUGGAUCAAAAUAAGAGCAAUUGGUCUAUUCAAGAGAAGUUGAAAGGUUUCCCACCCAGUAGGAACGUCCACGGUGUCAAUAACACUUCAUUUGAAGAGGAGGAAAAACAGGUAGGCUGAACCAGCAAAACAAUUAGGAAGAACAAUUGUGCACUUUUUUCAAAGUGUAAAAUAUCCCCACAACACUUGGACUUUUUUGUGACUUUGACUUUUGUAUUUGUUAUUAGUGUAACAAAGGACCUGAAUUAUAAAGCAAGCUUCACUCGGCUGAGAGAGCGCGGCCGGCGCGGAGAGAGAAUCUGCGCGCGUCUGCGGCUCCGGCUCCAGCCCCGCACCGCCAGCUGCGGCUUUGAGGCGGCUCCGGCCAGGCCCGGGCAACGGCUGCCCUCGCGAUUCCGGCGAUACUCGCCGGGCCGCCCUGCCGCGCCUCCCAGUGUGGCCGCGCCCCCGCCCCCAGCGCCGCCACCGCUCGCCGGUCCUCCCUCCCUCCCUGCCCGGCGGGCUGCGCUCCAGGCGCUGGGGCGCCAGCGCUGGUCGGCGACCGCGGCUCACAGAACGCGGAGCCCGCGCGGGGCCGGGGAAGCAACGCAGGCAGGCGGUGGCGGCGGGAUCUCGAGCCGCGCGCCCCUCCUCGUCCUCGGCCCGGGCCUAGCUGGAGCCGCCGGGGGACCAUGGUGUUGGACCAGGAGGACGGUAGGUGUCUGGCGCGCGGCGCCAGUGUCCGGAGGCUCGCGGACAGUGGAGCGGAGGCGGUGGCGCGAGCCCUGCACAGGACACUCCGCCCGCGGCGGCAGCGCCUCCCGCGCCCGCCCUGGCCUGCUCCGGCCGGUUGGAGGUUUCCGGGAAGCACCGCGGCUGAGGACCAGCCGCCCCGGCGAAGCGCGCCCGGAGUCGGCGCCCUUCUACCGGCCGAACCGAGCUGCGGCUGGACACGGAGCGCCCGAGAUGAUGGUGCUGGACAAGGAGGACGCCGAGGCGGUUCGCUUUGAGAGUGUCAUCUUUGCGGCUGCUCCUCUCACCGCAGCCAUCACCCUCACGCUGGCCGCGUAA